AGGAAUUUGCGCGGCGGAGAAGGUGGUGGAGUGCGCAAGCAGUGCUGCAGGAAAAAUUACACGUUGUAGCGAUCUUGAUAUCGUUAUUCCUCCAUAGUGACCCUGUCUUUCGCAUUGUGUGGCACACGCGUGUCCACCUAAAAUUGGAACUACUCUGCUUAACAUCGUUACUGGGAUGUCAGGGUCACCAGUGAUUGACAAGCGUAAGCUGAUGACGGGCAGCAGUGCGGGUGGGGUCGGAAGUGGUGUCGGCGUCGUUGGAGGCGGUGUCGCGUCGUCUAAUAAACGACCCCGAAUGGACACCCUCGGCGGCCGUGGAACAGGACCAAUCGCCAAUGGUCCUAUGCACCCUAGGCCGCUUGUUGCUUUACUCGAUGGACGUGAUUGUUCUAUUGAGAUGCCCAUCCUGAAGGACGUAGCAACUGUUGCAUUUUGUGAUGCUCAGAGUACUUCCGAGAUUCACGAGAAGGUUCUCAAUGAAGCUGUGGGCGCUUUGAUGUGGCAUACAAUCACCCUACAUCGAGAAGAUCUGGAAAAAUUCAAAGCUUUGCGAGUGAUCGUUCGCAUCGGAAGCGGCGUGGACAACAUCGAUGUGAAAGCAGCCGGCGAGUUGGGCAUAGCGGUUUGCAACGUUCCUGGUUACGGCGUCGAAGAAGUUGCGGAUUCCACGAUGUGCAUGGUGCUGAGUCUAUACCGUCGCACGCUUUGGCUGGCGAACAUGGUCCGAGAUGGAAAGAAGUUCACAGGGCCUGAACAGGUCCGCGAUGCUGCCCAAGGUUGUGCUCGGAUCCGCGGGGACACGCUUGGUAUUGUGGGACUGGGGCGAAUCGGAUCCGCAGUCGCCCUGCGUGCGAAAGCUUUUGGGUUCAACGUGAUCUUCUAUGACCCUUACCUGCCGGAUGGAAUCGAAAAGAGUCUGGGCCUGACACGAGUUUACACCUUACAGGAUCUGCUUUAUCAAUCUGAUUGUGUUUCGCUACACUGUACGCUGAAUGAGCACAAUCAUCACUUGAUCAACGACUACACCAUCAAGCAGAUGAGACCUGGGGCAUUCUUGGUCAACACUGCCCGCGGCGGCCUAGUGGACGAGUCGGCGCUCGCAGCUGCACUGAAAGACGGUCGUAUUCGUGCAGCUGCGCUCGAUGUGCAUGAGAAUGAACCGUUUAAUGCAUUUGCCGGACCGCUGAAAGACGCGUCGAAUUUGAUGUGCACACCGCACUCUGCAUUUUACUCUGACGCGGCCAUGACGGAAUUGCGCGAAAUGGCAGCCUCGGAAGUUAGACGAGCCAUCGUGGGCCGAAUCCCGGACUCGUUGCGCAACUGCGUCAAUAAGGACUGCUUUAUGUCACACCUCGGCGGUGGUCUUGGUGUCGCCGAUAGUUUGAAUGGUGGUGGCGCGGGAUUGAUGGGCGUCGGGGCGCCGUUCCUUCCGCCAUCCCUGUCCAUGGCGCACACAGCUUCGCACCAGGAGGCGCUGGCUGCCGCGUCGGGAGCCGGGGCGCCGCAUCCGGCGGCAGCGGUUGCAGCUGCAGCAGCCGCGGCGGCCGCUGCUGUUGCCCACGCGCAACAGCCGCCUCCACCGCCGCCCGUCUCGCUCCCGAUCGGCGGGCCACCUGCCCCGCCGCACCUCCAGCACAAUGCGCGCGAACUGGCCAACCACACCCCACCGAAACAGGAGCCGGCUGAAGUGCGCUAACCCCGCUGCUUUCGACAGGAUCUUGAUUUUGACAACAAGGAAAUACUAGACUUAGCGAGAGGGACAUGCCUUGGAUGACGGAAGGGAUGACGAUUGCCUCGUUUGUGCUGUCCGAAGGAAGACGAGAGGAGAUGAGGAAAACGCCUGGCCUGCUGCUGAUGCUGCCCUAGCUCAUUCGUGGCUUCCUUGGUCAAUUGUGCAAUGCUGAGAAUCCUGCUCGUGUUUUACGCUGUCGAAAACCUUUACUUCAAAGGCCACGUUUCUUCCGGUUUUCACUCACCCCCGAAGGUUUGUAUUUGGUUCAGGUUCUUGCCAGCAGCUAUCCAUCGUCGUCGUCGUAUUCUUCUGCUUAUUACGAGUGUGAAUAAGCCGGUCUGCGUGAGUGGUUCGUCUCGACAUUCUCAAUUUGGACGCUAGAAGCUGACGGGAUUUGUUCAAAGAAAAAAAAAGAAGACGGUUUGAGGGGCCAGCAGGGGGAAGGAAACGUGGGAAGAAAAUUUUCUCACAUCGGAAUUGGUCUCAGUUUUUUUGCUUUUUUUGUUUUUGUUUGUUGUGUAAAAGGAUGAUGAUUAUAAGGGAAACGGAGAGGAGACAGUGUUGUAGUGCAGGAAAUCGGUCUGUAGGGUCAAACGUUUUACAUUCCAGUAAUCCGGUUUCUCCUUUGUUUUGUUUUUCCACUCAUGACGAGAUUCAUGCAUGAUGUUUUUUUUUUGAUGUGGCUAUGCUCCAUCUCUUUACUGAAUCGUUUGCUCAUGUUCGUGCGUGUGAGUGUGGAAGACGAAGAGAGCGAUUGUAAGUUGUGAUGGACAGUGACAGAGCUGAAAUUCAAAACAAAGUGGAAACAUCAUGUUUUUUUUUUGGGAAGGAGAGGAGGAACAAAAAAUCUGUUGGAGGUGUCAUUGACGAAAAGCAUUUUUGAGGAAAUUCUUUUCUUUUUUUGAGGCGAAGAAAAUUGUUCCAUGUAGAUGAGGAGAGGAGAAAAAAACUUCGGAUCGUCCCCCGAAUAGAAGAAUAUUUGGUGUUCAGCUGGAAAGGAAAAAAAAAAAAAAGAAAUUGCAACGAGGUGUUCCGCUAUCGAGGGAAAAAGAAAAUAUUGUGAAACGUGCAUCGAAUUAUUGUAUUCACGUUGAAAUUUAAACUUAAACUUUGUACGAAAACGUACGGUUCAUUUGAAAUUUUCUUUUUAUUCUCUGGUUGGCUAAUUUAAGAAAUUUUUCUGGCGUGCAACUGGAUAUUUUUCUAUUCGGGGUGUUUUUUUAAAAAUUGUUUUUGAUUCCCUUGAAGUGUGUCCUCAUUCUUUCCCCCUCACUUUUGCACCCGUUUGAACUGAAAGAUCUUCGAAUCUUAUACCUCGAUAUUCUUUGAAUAUUAUGCCCUUCAAGCGGCAAUGUUUCGCGAAUGCGCUGAAAUCAUUUUCUCUUUCUUAAUCCUGGGUGAUUUUUAUUUUGAAUUUGUGGAUUCUUGAGAGUGUACUUCUGGUUUUUUUGUUUUUCUUUCCAAGGAACGUGAUUUUCGGGGAACGUCAGCUUUGAGUAGUUGCUGGAUUAUAUUCCUGGUUUUAGUGUUUUGAGUUGAUUGUCUUCCAGAAUAAACUGAUGUGUACAACGGGGUUCAUGGAAGAAACUAUUUCAUAAUUUGGAUUCGCAACCGGAAAAAUUACAGUACCUUAUUUAAAGAU